CAAUAUUCCCAGUGUCUUAUCUACGUCAACCUCCUUGUUUACGACACAUCGCGAUCAGAGGUAGGAUACAUGUGGAGCGCUACGAAACCAUCGCCCUUUAAACGUAAUGGCUGAAGGAGGAACCCCUCACGAUCUUUCUGAUAGUCCAAGGGAAGCCCGGCUGUUAGAUUGUCCGAUUUGUCUGGAGCAGCUGCACGAACCAAAGUCACUCCCGUGUCUUCAUUCCUUCUGUCAGGGAUGUCUGUCCACCUUCAUCACCAAAGACCUGUCGGGGAAGAUGGCGUCGGCAACUGCCUUCCCUUGUCCUGUGUGUAGGAAGAUGACACAGCCUGUCAACCCGUCGGAGGACAAGGGGAAAUGGGCGCAACAAUUCCCAGUCAAUGUAAUAGUGAGAGAUCUGGUAAAGGCCCCGUCACUUGAGCCGAUGUACUGUAAGCCUUGCGGGAAGAAAGGGAAACCUGGGAUCCCGGCAGCUAUAUGGUGUGAAAAAUGCAACGCGUUCUUCUGUGAAACAUGUAAAGUCGAUUUUCACGAUUUGAUUCACGAAGAAUGUGAAAAAGUAGACAUAACAGGGAAGGAAGGAAUUACUCAGCGACACGGAACAGGACAGAUCCGAUGUGAAAAACACACAAAGAAGAUGUGUUAUUAUUGUGAGGAUCAUCAGAUACUUAGCUGUAGUAGAUGUAUCACCAUAGACCACAGACGAUGUGACGUAGUGACAACGACACAGGAAUAUUGUGACAAACUGAAGACGGAGUCACGACUGGAGGAUCGGAAAGAAUCACUACAGAAGACAAAGGAGGCUAUCAAGUUGCUCGUCAAAACAUUUGGAGAGAAACUUCAAAUCCUCCUGGAAGAUCAAAAUACCGGAUUUGACAGUUUAACAGAUCUGCGAAAACAGGUCGACCUACGUCUUGACGCCAUGCAGAAGGACAUCACAGACAAACUGGUAUCGUCUUAUAAACAAGAGAAGGAAAAUCUGGACUUGUCUAUUCAGAAAUGUGAACGUCUGAUGUCAUCCAUUGAGAAUACAGUAGAAAGCUCCGAGAUAGCAGUUCAGAGGAAUGAUAGCGUAAACACAGUCUUGAUGUAUCAGAGGCCAAGCGGAAAUGGAGUCUUACCAGAACCUGAUCACGGAAAUAAGGAAGUCUUUCGCUUCUGUCAGAAUAAAACAUGUCGUCGAUCCCAGUCUGGUCAGGUUGGAUAAGGAUAGUCCACUGUCAUUAGGAAGCGUCAUUAUAGAGGAAAAACCAGAACAGCUCCCAAAAGGAAUAAGUACCAUGAGGCCUUUGUGCGAAUGUGACGUGAAGGAAGUAGUCA